UUAAUCUGUCACUUCACCUUCCUCUUCCUGUGGUUAUCCAACGAUCCAUUAUCAUUUUCAAAGAAUUUAUCCUGAUAUUUUAUCGUGAACCAGGAUGGCUGUGAGGUUAUUGUCAAAAAUUAAGCUCCUGCCUGAGCUGAGAGGUGCGGCAUAUGUUAGUUCCGCCGCCGCUCCCGCUGAGCUUUCGGAUUUCGAAGUGCAGCACAAAACACCUGUUAUUCGGAAACAGAAGCUGAUCCCAGUAGCCCAAUACGGUGGUCGUCAUGCCGUUACCAUGCUGCCUGGUGGUGGGAUCGGGCCCGAGUGUAUGGGUUACGUCAGAGAUAUUUUCAAAUACAUCGGUGCACCGGUUGACUUCGAACUGGUCGACAUCGACCCUAACGUCGACAAUGACGACGAUGUACAGUACGCAAUCACGACGAUUAAAAGGAAUGGUGUUGGACUCAAGGGCAACAUCGAAACUAAGAGCGAAGCGGCGUACGUAACGUCACGUAACGUCGCGCUCCGUAACGAAUUGGACAUGUACGCGUACGUACUGAACUGCAAGUCCUAUCCGGGAGUCUCGACGAGGCACAAGGACAUCGAUGUUGUUAUUAUAAGACAGAACACAGAAGGAGAGUACGCCAUGUUGGAACACGAAUCAGUCCGAGGGGUAAUCGAGUCCAUGAAAGUUGUGACAGCCAGUAACUCGGAGCGCGUCGCGAGAUUCGCAUUCGAGUUUGCCAAGAGAAACGGCAGGAAGAAGGUAACGACGGUCCACAAAGCGAACAUCAUGAAGCUCUCCGAUGGUCUGUUCCUGGAGACGUCGCGUCGCCUCGCACAAGAGUACCCGGAGAUCGAACACAAUGAUAUGAUCAUCGAUAACUGUUGUAUGCAGCUUGUUGCUAGGCCUCAUCAAUUCGACGUGAUGCUCAUGACCAAUUUAUACGGUUCGAUCGUAUCGAACGUGGUGUGCGGUCUGCUCGGAGGCGCCGGCCUGCUGUCCGGAAGGAACUACGGCGACCACUACGCGGUCUUCGAACCCGGUACCAGGAACACUGGCACAGCGAUAGCCGGCAAGAACAUAGCAAAUCCAAUAGCUAUGAUUAACGCUUCCGUCGAUAUGCUGGAACAUCUCGGACACCACUUCCACGCUGACCUGAUAAGACGGGCCGUUAAUAAAACGAUCAACGUCGACAAGGUCCUCACCCCGGACGUGGGUGGUACAGCCUCCUCAUCGGAAGUGGUCAACAACAUUAUGGGUAAUAUUGGACGUUGCUAAAUGUAUAAUUCUGAUUAUUUUUAUUGGCUGUCCGUUUUCUUAAUAACCCGUAGAUAGAUCUAUCGAAGAAAUGCAAAUAGUUUAUUAUUGAUGGAGAUAAAUUGAGAAGGAUUUAAUAAUGAUAUCUCUUUUCAAUAUAAGUUAAAUUAUAAUAUGAAUUUGAAAAAAGAAUCUGUUGUCAAUUAAUGACGAUAUGUCAAAUGUAAUUUUAAAAAUGGAACGAACUUGUAAACUCUGAUGCACAAUUAAAUUCACUGACAUUUUCCCGACAGUUAAGUAAUUUAUAUAAAAUGUUAUUUGUUUACAAAUAAAUAGUAUUAUCCGUAGUGAUUAUUCGUUGUUGCCAGUACAUUGAUGCUAUUUUAAUUUAUCUGUAGUUAUAUAUAAUAUAAGGUUUAUUCAGAUUUAAGCGAAAUUCGCUGAAACCAUAGCGAUUUUUUAAGCGAUUUUUUGUUGAGUAAUCUUUGACUGCACUUUAAACACUCAAAUUGGAAGUUGCGAGUCGAGAGCCUUAAUACUUAAAUUAUUAAAAAAAAUAACACUUUUUUGCAACUGGCAACGCUAUGACAAGUGUCAAUACAGAAAAAUAUAUAAGUAUUCGGUUUUAUUUUUAUUAAUGUUGUCAUUGUCAUGUACUUAAAUAACUGAAGGCAACUUGUAGCUUUAAUGUAUAAUUAUUAUAUUUAAAUUUCCGACUUAAAAUCGCUUUUAUCUGAACCGAACUUUAUAUCAUCAUUAGUAAUGCAAUCCUUGCACUUUAAUGAGACAUUAUUAUUUGCUAAAUUAUUUUGACAAGUGAUCUUAAAAGUGUAAAUGGUUUUUUUUUUUAGUAUUAUUUGAAUUUCAAGCAAAUGACUAAAACCGUUAUUUUUUUUAAUAUUUAAUAUGUAUUAGUAAUAUUAGACAAUUGUAGUUUGCUAUAUUUGUAUCUGUCAUUAUCGUUAUUUAACCACAGAUUAUAUAA